GCGAAGAAAAUAGGAGCGACUGCGUUUAGGAGCAGAGCAAGCAGAGCUGUUACAGCGCAGUCAAUGCGGACAGACGGAACGGAUACGCGUAUCAGGCAUAGUGGUGGAGGCGAAAAUGUUCACGCAAUUUUUUAUUAAGGAAAAUUUAAAUAAAUAAUGUAAAAAUAAAUUAGAAAACGUCGCUUUAAUCCACAAUAUUGAUGAAGUGAGUGUUAGUUAUGAAAUCGAAGUUGGAAAUGUAGUUGAAUGAGUGAAAAAUCUGCAAAAGCUGAAGAAAAUUCGAAGAAGAAGAAGCUGUGGCAAAAGUGGAAAAGUUGGAAAAAUUCAUGGUGGUGUCUACUUUGCGAAUGCCAAUUUGUAGAUAUGUAGAUCAAGUGUUCGUGUGCGUGUGCCUGUGACUGCGUGAAAAUUUUCAGAGCUUCUCCAAAAACGACAGUUCGCAUUAUCCAAUAUAUAGAGAAAAAAUUCCGAUACACGCUGGGGAUUGUUGCAGGCGUCGCGCCCAGCAGCAAUUGCGUUACAAUGUACAUACAUACAAAAAAUUUGCCUCAGCACAUUUAUAAUUAAAAAAUAUUAAUAAUUACAUAUGUUACAUAUGCUUGAAGCGAUUAAGUGAGAAAGUUAAAAAUUUGUGUAUAUUUGACGGUGGCCAAAACAGCAAGCCAAGCGUACGGCGUGUCUUCAACCUGUGAGUGCCAAAGGAAAAGAAAAAAUAAAUCCGUGUACAUAUUAGUGAACAAUUUUCAUAUAAUAAAGAAAAAUAUUAAGUCACAAAUCUCAACUUAACGCAAAUUAACCGUUCACAACACCUGCAAGAGCAAAUCAUAAAAAGUAAUUACUAAACAAUCAGCUCAAAGCGCUUCGUUAAUCCGUGCGUGUCGGUCGGUCACUGGAUCCAUCGAUCGGGCGAUCGUUGGUCACUCACUGGUUCGUUCGCUUAUUCCUUCGUCUUCUGAUACAACAACAACAUCUUCGUCGUAACAAACUUAUACAGUUACAUGUAUUUGUGUGUGCAGUGAAGGCGUUCGGUCGGUCCAGUCGGUUGGGUCCAGUCGGUCGGAAGUUUGUUCAGCUUUGAAUGUCUUUAUGCUUUAAUCAUGGUGAAAUUGACCACCGACACAAUACGCUACCACAUUAGAACCUUUCUGAUUACAAAUCAUGACAGAAGGACAUGAAAGCGACUUCUUAGUUACAGUACGCGCACAGGUUAUGACCAGAGACGAAAGCACCGAGGGUUGGUUACCACUCGCCGGGGGUGGUUUAGCAAAUGUUUCAAUACGCAAACGUGCUAGACUAUCCCCUGGCGCUGCUGGGCAUGAAUAUAUCAUUUACGGCCAAAGAAUCUCUGAUCAAAGUGUAAUUUUAAGCUGUGUCAUAAAUCGUGAUCUGAAGUAUUACAAAGUGAUGCCCACAUUUCAUCACUGGCGUGCUGGUAAACAACGCAAUGGUCUCACUUUUCAAACGGCUGCCGAUGCGCGCGCCUUCGACAAAGGCGUACUGCGCGCCUACAAUGAAUUAAUUGAUGGCUUGGCCAAAUCUAAUCCAUCAAUAAUAUGUCCGCCCCUUACAAAAUAUGACUCUGUGGGUGAAGACGACGUUUUUAUGACCCUAGAUCUACCUAUAGAAGCCGAGUGCAUACAAAAGUCACAUUCAAGUCCCGAAGGCAGCGAAAAAAGUCACAAAAGUAUUAGUGUCGAUCGCGGUGAACGCAUCAGCAACAAAAGCGAUUUGGACCGAUCUUCGGAUGGUACUGUCACUCAACAUCCUAAGGCCACCAUUCACUACAUAUCGAACGAGAAAUCAUGCAGCUUACAAGCGCCACCACCACCACCCUCGCUGUCCGCCAUCAACGUGUCAACUGGUGCUCAUAACAACAGCAAUGUUACCACAAACGUAAGCGUAGCCAUCGUAUCGCCCCCAAUCACCACAGUCUCGUCGAGUCAACUAGAAGCGCCACCACCAUCGCUGCCAACAGCCAUUGUGACUAGCGAGAAUUACUCCUAUGUUCAACUAACAGCGGUGCAUGAUUACAAUUAUCCGGUUGUCGAUCAGCCGGCUGGCGCGCAAGUGUUAAACGCACGCCGCGAAUCGAUCAGCGCAUUGAAGAAACGAAAUGCUUUGGAAGCUGCACAAGCACUUGCGGCUGCUCAAUCUUCUCCGAUUGCCGCUGGUGUGAUACUCAAAGAUCCCACGAGCAAUGUGGAUAUCAUUAAGAAGAGUCAACGCGCUCGUUGCCGCUACUGUCACGAGCUCUACAAUGACGAAUGGAAUCGGAAGGGUGCCUGUGAAUUUGCACCCGAUCGCUUUCGUUCGGCAUUCGAGUAUAUUUCGGGCAUGGGUUGUGCGCGUUGUAUGUUGUAUCAUUGUAUGAGCGAUGCCGAGGGUGAAACGCCACAACAUCCAUGUCAGUGCGUCAAUGAAGCUGGCUGCACUAAGCGUUGGCUCGGCUUGACAUUGCUAUCAUUGCUCGUACCCUGCCUUUGGUGUUAUCCGCCGCUGCGCGCCUGCCAUUGGCUGGGAGUAUCAUGCGGCGUGUGCGGCGGUCGACAUAAACCACAAGUCUGACAUUUGGAGGGACGAUUGCAAAAACAAUUCGACAAUGGCUAUGUUUACGGUUAUGAGGAUGUUAUGAAUUCAGACAGUUAUGAUUACGAUGGCAACGGUAUUGGCGAUUUGGAUGAUCACUACGAUAGCUACAAUUACAACUACAACUAUUGCAACUACAAAAAACUUAAUUACAAUAAUUAUAGCUAUAAUUACAAUAACUACAACCAAUAUAAACAAAAACAACAGAAAGUGCAACAAAAACAACCACAAAGGCAACAUUCAACGAGCACCAGCGGCACAUUGACACAACAAUUCGAACAAUGGCACCUUAGCGAUGACGCCAUAAUAGCUAAGGAACAGGAGAAGAUCAACAAGCAGCGUUUGAAACAACAAAAGAAGGAGAAGAAGAAGAAACUCAAGCAACAACACCAACUCCAAACGCCAAUGCAUUAUGCGCUGCAACAGGCACGACCCACAGCACAACAAAAUGACUAUGGGCGUUUGCUUUUCUAAACUAAUACGCUUCAUACAUUUGUAGUACUUUUGAUUUUGGCACAAAGUGAGAUAAUAUUGUAUAUGUUUUAUGUUACGUUGUUUAAAUUUGCAUUUUGUAACAUUUUCACUAAUAUUUCAUAUAAGUUUUAUCACAAAUCAUGUUCAUCAUCCAUAUUUUUUUGUGUAUAUACAUAUUAUUAAUUUGUGAGGCCAUAUAUAAUACAUUCUAGUAUUUUUAACCACAUGCUUAAAUGCUAAUAAUCCACACAAAAGCUAAUAAGUUUAAAACUUAUAUUCACUACUUCAGAACAGCCUGCACUGUCUUUUCGCAUAAAUCUUUUUUUAUAUGCGUUGAUUAUUUUUUUUAUUAAGUGAUAUAUUUAUAUAGUGUAAAAACUGCGUUUUUAUGUACAGUUUCAAAAUAAGUUAAGCAAUUUUAUUUUUAAGCGUGUGACUUGAAAUCUUAUGUUAAGUUGUAAAUAGUUAACUAACGGUAGACAUUGCGAAGUUCAAUUGCGAUGACGACGCUUAUAUUAGAAUUUUUUUAAUUUUCUACGUGUAAUAUACACAUUUCUGUAUCUCUCAUCGGCUAUAGAUGCUUCGUUUAUUUUAAUUAAUAAUAAAUACAAAUGUGCCACUUAUAAUUGUUUGCUCUAAUAUUAACUAUGUUUAAGUUUAACGAAGUUUCAUUAUGAGCAGCGCACAGUAUUACUAAAGCAAAUUUUCAAAUGUAAUAGUACAAGUAAAAAUAAAAGUAAAUAAAUGGCGUUAAAGCGAGCAAGAAAGCUGCUGUCAAAUCUGCAACACGCUUUUUGUAAAAUGAUAAUUGAAAAAUGCUAAAACAAAUAAAAAUUGCGUGAACAAAAAUUUUGGUAAUAAAGAAUCGCCUGAAAGAAGCGUUAAAAUUGAAAACAACUUAAGAGAGAAAUUAAUGUGACAUAAAAUGUACAAAAAUUAGUAUGCUUUGUUUUGUUAGUUCAUUUUUAUUUUAAUGGAAAAAAAUUUAAUAAGAAUAUAAAUAUUUUUUCUUACCUAAUAACAAAUAUUUAUAUUUUUUCCAACUUAAAAUUUAAUAUAUAUACUUUCUGUAAUUUAAUAAAAAAAAUAUAUUCUUUGUCCAACAUAAUUCAAUAUUAAUAUUUAAUAUUUUUCCAACUUAAUAUUGAAUAUUUAUAAUUUUUCUAAGUAAGUUUGAAUAAACACAUUUUUUGUUUACUGAUCAGCUGUACAAUAAUAUGUUAUUUUUGGUACUUUGACAAUUGGCGUUAAUACUUAUUACAUUUUUCUCUUUUUAAACAAAAUAACGGUACACUUCUCAAAAAAAUAUAUUAUUUUAGAUAUGAGCACAUUACUUAUUUGCUAGCAAAUGCAAACAAUUCAACUAUAAACUUGAAAGCGUAAAUUUUGGAAGUUCCACUAUAAACAGAAGGCUACAAAUUAGCAAUGUGCUCUAAGCUACAAUAAAUUAUAAAAAAUUAACUAUAUAGCAACCCACUGUAGUCGGUGAAAAUUAUAGAUUUCCAACCGACUGCUUAUGAAAAAAAAACAUUAAAACCAAAAUAGUGAAGUCAGCGCUACUAUUUUACAAAAUAAAUAAUGAGAAAUUCUGCGUACAAAAAUAUUAUUGAAUAAUGUGAAAUAAAAAAAAUAUUCACGAAAAUGAGGUAAAAGCUGGGCGCAUUGAACCUUUAAAGAAAAGGCAAUGCGGCCUACAAAAAAUACAUUAAAAAGUUGUAAAAUUCUUACAAACAAAUAUUGGAAGCAAAAAGUAGCAAACUACAAGAAAUUCCAUUAUAAAAUUUAUUGUGUACAAAAAAAGAAAAAAUAAUAUAUAUUAAAUAAUUUUCGCGCAUAUUUGCAAUGUACGCAAAGCUUUUUUCGAACAACUACUAAGAAACGUAACGCUCUUUUUGCCAGCCCUUGGUUGUAUUAAGAAAACUUAAAAUGAAAUGAAAUAACAAAAUAUAUAAUUAAUUAAUUUUUGUGUAAAAGAAUAAUUUUGACUCUUCUUAGGGCUCAUGAAGACUCAAAAUUAUUUCUUUUGUUAAUUUAAAAAACACGCACACACAUUUUUUUAAUAGUAACGGCAUUUUUAUUUAGCAAAAUGUCAUAUACAUACAGAUAUUUUUCCAAUUAAAAGUAUUCAAUAUUUUUCAUAAUAGACACACAAAUUUUCGGUAAAUUGCUAUUUUACAAUUAACUGUGCUUUAAGGAAAUAAAAAACGGUAAAAUUUGCGUUACAUUUGCUUUGAGGUUAGUAAAUAGCGGCGUGACAAUUGCAUAGACGCGUAAGUAACAAAAUAAAAAACAUAAAAUGUACCGUUAAAGCCAACAGUCAAAUGAGAAAUUGUGACAAUUGCCAUUUGAUUUUUAGGCUUUGCUUAAGUGUUUUUUCAAAAGAAAUAUAAAACUCAUACUUCUAUUAAAUAAGUAAAUGUUGAGAAACAUGUAUGUAAGUGGUAAAAUAUGCAGCUACUAUAUUAAUAUAAUAUUACUAUUGUAUACCUACUUAUUGUAAAAUUACAAAAGCAAAUUCUGGAAAAAGUGCAUGGGUAUCUAACUAAAUGUAUGUAUUCAAAUAUUGCAAAGAACCUGUCAGAGUAAUUGUUUAAAACAAAAACAAAAAACAGAAAUUGUAUUCAAAAAAACUAAAGAAAUAAAUUAAAUUAAAAACUCAUAAAAAUGUAUUGUAUGUGCAAGCAUUGUAAAACUUUUAUUUCAUAUGAACUUUUCUAAAUUUUGUUUUGAGGUAAAUUAACAAAAAAAAAAAAAUCAAAACAAUUUAUUAUGCUACUAAAUAAUAAUUCUGAUUAUUACUUAAAAUUACUGUGUUUAUUAUUAUUAUUAUUGUUGUAUUUAAGUAAAUAUAAAAAAUAUAUGCAUAAAACGUGUCUAAAAUAAUAAAGAAGUAUUUAAAUAUGUAAUAAAAAUGUGGAUGAAUUUAAAAUAGAUCUGGUAACAUUUUGCAUGCGGGCGCUAUAACGGCCAAUAAAUGGAGUGCGAGUAAAUGACAUGUAAUAAUAAAUGCAAUUAAGCAAAUAAAAACAAAUAUAAAAAUGAGGUUGUGCAACAUAGCAACAAAUGCAGCAUAUUUAAACAAGAAAUUUAAAUAAAAAUAUAUUGUAAUGUGUUACUAAUAAAAAAAACAGGCUUAUACAAGAUAGA